CUGCUGCCAGCAGUCCAGCAACCUCUGCCACCACUAAUGUGGUACAAUUUAAUCCUGUUGCUCAGUUACCUAUUAAACUACAAGGUAACCUCAAUUUUCCAACAUGGAAAGCACAACUUGUGAUGCUACUAAAUGGGCAUCAACUCAUGGGUCAUCUUGAUGGAACCACAACUGCUCCAUCACGUACUAUUACCCAAAAUGAUCUUACUGUUGCAAAUCCCAAUUAUCAGAUCUGGUUUUCUCAGGAUCAAUUGAUUCAACAAGCAAUGAUGGCAUCGGUUGAUCCCACCAUUGCCCCAACUGUUGCCACAACACCAUUUGCUAACAAAGUGUGGGAACUCCUUCACAUGGCUUACGCCAACAAAAGUCAUACUCACAUCUUUUGCUUGCGGGAUCAAUUGCAAAAUACCAAGAAGGCUUCUAAAACCAUUGCAAAGUACUUACAGGAGGUUCGUUCUCUCUCUGAUGCUCUCAAAGUUGCUGGUUCACCUGUCAAUGACGAUGAACUAAUUGUCAAAAUUCUAAGUGGUCUUGGCCCCGAGUACCGUGAAAUCUCUGCUGCGAAUCAGCAAAACAGGAGACAAUUUAAGAAAUCUGUCAAAUGUCAAUUGUGCCAAAAGUUUGGUCACACAGCAGAUGUUUGUCGCUCCAAGUCGCACAAUCAUCUUGAAGCUCAGGCUAACUUUGUGUCUAGCCUGCAAUCGACUGGAAACUCUUGGGUUCUAGACUCUGGUGCAACUCACCAUGUCACUACUGAGCCCCACAACCUUGAAGAGUAUACCAGAACUGAAGGAAUAUCCAUGGGUGACGGUAAAACCAUUCCCAUUACUCACACUGGUUCAACUCUAAUUCAGGCAUCUAAAACUGCUUUUAAGCUUUCAUUUCUAAUUCAAGCAAUGAAAGUAGAGUAUGAUGCUUUCAUAAAAAACCAGACUUGGGAACUGAGGAAAGCAGAUGGUUCUAUAGACCGCUUCAAAGCUCGUCUAGUUGCUAAAGGGUUCACGCAGCGCCCUGGCUUAGACUUUCAUGAGACAUUCAGUCCUGUUGUUAAACCGACAACGGUCAGGUUGGUGCUAUCUAUAGCUGUGCAACACAAUUGGCCAAUCCAUCAACUUGAUGUCAAUAAUGCUUUCCUACAAGGAAAAUUGGAUGAAGUUUUUAUGUCUCAACCCCGAGGUUUUAUUAAUACGCAAUUUCCGACUCAUGUUUGCAAACUGAAGAAGGCUAUUUAUGGCCUCAAACAAGCCCCCAGGGCUUGGUAUAAUGCUCUGCGUGAACAUCUGUUGAAAAUGCAUUUUGUUAAAACAGAAUCCGACACCUCUUUAUUUGUGUGGAAGCAUCUAGCUGUAACUAUUUAUGUGCUUGUCUAUGUCGACGACAUCAUAAUCACUGGAAACCAUCCAUAA